AUGGAUUGGGGACUUCUCCUGCACUGUGCAGCCCUUACCUUCACCCUCGCCAGGGCUCUGCGAAGCGAUAAGUGCGGUGACACGAUCAAAAUUUUAAACCCCGGGUACCUCACCUCUCCCGGCUACCCCCAGUCCUACCACCCCAGCCAAAAAUGCGAGUGGCUGAUCCAGGCUCCGGAGCCCUACCAGCGCAUCAUGAUCAACUUCAACCCCCACUUCGACCUGGAGGACCGCGACUGCAAGUAUGAUUAUGUUGAAGUGAUUGAUGGAGAUAAUGCUGAAGGACGCUUAUGGGGAAAGUACUGUGGAAAAAUUGCUCCCCCUCCUUUAGUGUCUUCGGGACCAUAUCUUUUUAUUAAAUUUGUUUCCGACUAUGAGACACAUGGAGCAGGAUUUUCUAUCCGUUACGAAGUUUUCAAAAGAGGACCUGAGUGUUCCAGAAACUUUACUUCAUCAAGUGGAGUGAUAAAGUCCCCUGGAUUCCCUGAAAAAUAUCCCAAUAGCCUUGAAUGCACUUAUAUUAUCUUUGCACCAAAGAUGUCAGAGAUUAUACUGGAAUUUGAAAGCUUUGAGCUAGAACCCGAUUCAAAUACUCCAGGGGGAGCGUUCUGUCGCUAUGACCGAUUAGAAAUCUGGGAUGGAUUCCCUGAUGUUGGCCCACACAUAGGGCGUUACUGUGGGCAGAACAACCCAGGACGUGUCCGGUCUUCAACGGGGAUUCUCUCAAUGGCAUUUUACACUGACAGUGCAAUAGCAAAAGAGGGAUUCUCAGCAAAUUACAGCGUGUCGCAGAGCAGUGUAUCAGAAGAUUUCCAGUGCAUGGAACCACUAGGUAUGGAGUCAGGAGAAAUUCUCUCUGAUCAAAUCACUGUCUCCUCCCAGUACAGCGCUAUCUGGUCUUCAGAAAGGUCCCGGCUAAAUUACCCUGAGAAUGGAUGGACCCCAGGGGAAGAUUCUAUCAGAGAAUGGAUACAGGUAGAUCUAGGCCUUCUCCGCUUUGUUUCUGGAAUUGGGACCCAAGGAGCCAUCUCAAAAGAAACAAAGAAAGAAUAUUAUCUGAAAACGUACCGCGUAGAUGUCAGCUCCAAUGGAGAGGACUGGAUUACGCUGAAGGAAGGAAACAAGCCUGUUGUGUUUCAAGGGAAUAGCAAUCCCACUGAGGUUGUUUACAGACCUUUUGCCAAACCAGUUUUAACACGAUUUGUGCGAAUUAGACCUGUGUCUUGGGAAAAUGGAGUAUCACUGAGAUUUGAAGUUUAUGGCUGCAAGAUAACAGAUUAUCCUUGCUCUGGGAUGCUGGGUAUGGUGUCUGGGCUCAUUCCUGACUCUCAGAUUACUGCAUCUACUCAAGUUGAUCGAAACUGGAUCCCAGAAAAUGCUCGCCUCAUAACGAGCCGUUCAGGUUGGGCGCUGCCACCAACUACUCAUCCAUAUACAAACGAAUGGCUUCAAAUAGACCUUGGUGAAGAAAAAAAAGUGAGGGGCAUAAUUGUCCAAGGAGGCAAGCACCGAGAAAACAAAGUAUUCAUGAAAAAAUUCAAAAUUGGCUACAGCAACAACGGAUCAGAUUGGAAAAUGAUCAUGGAUUCCAGCAAGAAGAAGAUAAAGACUUUUGAAGGCAACACCAACUAUGACACGCCUGAACUGCGGACUUUUGAACCUGUAUCGACGAGAUUCAUCCGCGUUUACCCUGAGAGAGCCACACACGGAGGACUGGGGCUGCGAAUGGAACUGCUGGGCUGUGAACUCGAAGCUCCUACGGCUGUCCCUACUGUUUCCGAAGGCAAACCUGUGGAUGAGUGUGAUGAUGACCAGGCAAACUGUCACAGUGGCACAGGUGAUGACUACCAACUGACAGGUGGCACUACAGUGCUGAAUACAGAAAAGCCAACAGUAAUAGACAAUACGUUACAACCAGAGCUGCCACUAUACAACUUCAACUGUGCCUUUGGCUGGGGAUCUCAAAAGACUUUGUGCCACUGGGAGCACGACAACCAGGUGGAUUUAAAGUGGGCAAUCCUGACCAGCAAAACUGGGCCAAUUCAAGACCACACAGUAGGAGAUGGCAAUUUCAUUUACUCACAAGCUGACGAAAGCCAGAAAGGCAAAGUCGCCCGACUGCUGAGCCCUGUGAUUUACUCUCAGAACUCUGCCCACUGCAUGACUUUCUGGUACCACAUGUCUGGCGCACAUGUCGGCACCCUGAAGAUCAAACUGCGGUACCAAAAGCCAGAUGAAUAUGACCAGGUGCUGUGGACCCUGAGCGGGCACCAGGCAAACUGCUGGAAGGAAGGACGCGUUCUUCUUCACAAGUCUGUGAAACACUAUCAGGUGGUUAUUGAGGGAGAAAUUGGAAAAGGAACUGGAGGAAUUGCUGUGGAUGAUAUUAAAAUUGACAAUCACGUAGCACAAGAGGAUUGCCGAAAAUCAACUGAUGUGGAGAAUGAAAUAGAUGAAGAAGAAGACCCAGAAAGUAAUCAAACAGGGUUUACACCUCCAUACCGUACAGGCGAGGACUACGAUGAUAACAUCUCCAGGAAACCAGGCAAUGUCCUGAAGACCCUAGAUCCAAUCCUUAUUACCAUCAUAGCCAUGAGUGCACUCGGUGUGCUUUUAGGAGCCAUCUGUGGAGUUGUCCUGUACUGUGCCUGUUGGCACAAUGGGAUGUCAGAGAGGAACUUGUCUGCACUGGAGAAUUACAAUUUUGAACUGGUCGAUGGUGUAAAACUGAAAAAAGAUAAACUAAACACACAGAAUUCAUACUCGGAAGCAUGAAGGUGUAAAGCGACUGGAGAAGUUUCAGAGAAUCGGGAUGGAAGGACAUAGCUCGGUCGUGCUGGGGAACUGUUGAUCUUCUUUUACUGUACAGGCUGAAAAGUGCAUUGAUGACACUGAGCCAAGCUUUUCUCAGGAGCUUCAAUGAGUGUGUAACCGACAAACAUGGACAACAAUCUGUGUUAACAAUCUGAAUCAUGUACAGUCUGCUUUUUCUGUUGGUUUUGUUUGAAAUAAUCAAAUGCUGGUGUUGAGACCAAGUAUGAUUGACUUAUAGUUCAUUUUGUCUUUCUUUCUCUCCCUCUCUUUUGUUUUCUGUUAAUGGAUAAUUUUGUUUUUACUGUGCAAAAUCCAAGAUGCUGUCACAAAACGUAUUCAGUGGGGUCCUUUGGAUGGACAUGCUGCCUGUAGCUCAGUGCCCAGAAAAUAUUGGAGUAACAGCAAUUUAGUGGACUCCUGCACCUGUAUUUGUGUAUAAUUGCUCGUGUUGUGCAUAGGCAAAAGAAGGGUUAGGAUGUUUUUGAAAGUACUGCUGCAUCAGUACCGAUAUAGUGUGUCAGCUCUGUUUACGAAGCAAUACAGUCAAAUUUUAUCGAUGUUUUUCAGUGUUGUACUAAAUUUUGUGCUUGUGAACUCCAUAAAAGAGUAUGUGCCAUCAUCAGAGACAACUGGUAACCGAGUGUACUGCCUAAAAACUAAACAAAAAAGUCCUUGGCACUGGCUAGUGUAUGUCCUCUCAAGUGCCUUUUUGUUUGUACUGCUUCUCAUUGUGUUAACAUUAGCUACAGCUCUGCUUCUCUGCAGUUAUGCCCUAGUCUUUAAUCAUAUUCUGAUGGCUCACUGACUAAAGGAAAAGUAUAUUUUAGUGUAAGAAAGUAGCCUCAGCAAGGCAAGGGCUAAUCAGAUUCAACAACCUGGCUCGAUUGUUCUGCUUUCUGUAUUUCAACUUCAUGUCUCUUGACCCUUUUGUAUAAAGCUGCAAUAUCCCCUUUUAUUGUUCUUUCAUAUAGAAUGUAUUUUCAAAUGUAAAAUCUCUCUCCCUCUCUCUUCUCUUUCUCUUUCUCUCUCUGAGUAGAUUGCAUAAGCAUUUGCCAUUGCCAAGGAAAGAAAACUGCAGCUUUAACUUGCUGGUAAUGGCAAAGGAUUUUAUUAGAGUUUGUGUUAAAAAACAAGGGAAAAUUCUUAACUUUACCCUCCAAAGUCGAACUUUGGGUUUCUUCUUAACAGCAUAAAGUGACAGUAUCUUUUUUCCUGAAGUCGUGAAACAUACCUUUUAUCCUGAACAGCUCACCUGUUAAUUACACUAGGGAAAAUGAUUCCCUUACUGAAAAGAUUGCCUUUAAAAUGAGAAACUUUCCUCCUCCUGCCCCUACCUGAACCCAGAGUUCUGUUCGCUCGGUAAACGUGUAUUUUCAUG